AUGACCGACGUCUUCCGCAAGGACCUCUUCAACGGCAAGGUGCUCUUCGCAACCGGCGGCCGUACCGGUAUCGGCUACAAGCUCGUCGAGCAGAUGAUGGCCCACGGCGCGAACGCUACCAUUCUCGGUCGCGACGCCAAGGGCCUCGCCGAGUCGGCUGCCAACCUCGAGAAGGCCACCGGCAGCAAGUGUCUCGCUGCCGCUGCCGACGUGCGCAAGCCCGCUGAGCUCAAGGCUGCCGUCGACGCUACCAUUGCCAAGUUUGGCCGCAUCGACUUUGUCGUCUGCGGUGCCGCCGGCAACUUCCUCGCGCCCAUUGGCGGGCUCUCGGAGAACGCCUUCCGCACCGUCCUUGAGAUUGACACUCUCGGCACGUACAACACCCUCAAGGCCACCCUGCCUUAUGUCCGCGAGACCAAGGGCGCGUACCUGCACAUCUCGGCCACCCUCCACUACAAGGGUGUGCCGUUCCAGGCGCACGUUUCGGCCGCCAAGGCCGGUGUCGACGCGCUCUCGCAGGUCAUUGCCGUCGAGGAGGGUCCUCGCGGCGUGCGCUCCAACGUCGUUGCUCCCGGUCCCAUCGGCAACACCGAGGGCAUGUCGCGCCUCGGCACGCCCGGCUACGACGCGCGCGCCGCCAUCCCCCUCGGCGCCAUGGGCGAGACGCAGGACGUUGCCAACGCCGCCAUCUUCCUGUUCUCGCCCGCCGCGUCGUGGGUCACCGGCCAGACGUUUGUCGUCGACGGCGGCCAGCAGCACAUGCGCGGCUCGGGCGCGCCGUACCCCGACGCCCUGCUCGACCCCAAGGUCGCUGCCACCAUCCUCAAGGGCAAGCUCUAA